AUGCUCCUCAGAGAAGCCAUGAACGACCCUCUCCUCGAGCGCUACUCGUGUGUUGUGCUGGACGAGGCCCACGAGAGGACGGUCUCGACAGAUGUCCUCUUCGGCCUCAUCAAGCAGGUUGUCAGUCAGAGGAAGGACAUGAAGCUGAUUGUCAUGAGUGCCACUCUGGAUGCUGGCAAGUUCCAGCAGUACUUCAACGACUGCCCAAGAGUCGAUGUCCCUGGACGCACUUUCCCAGUUGAAAUCUUCUACACCCAGGAAGCAGAGAGGGACUACCUUGAAGCUGCCAUCCGCACAGCAGUGCAGAUUCACCUCUGCGAGCCACCAGGAGACAUUCUUCUGUUCUUGACGGGUGAAGAUGAGAUCGAACAAGCCUGUGCCAAGAUCGAUGCUGAGCUUAAGGGUCAGAACGACAAGGAAGUUGGCCCAGUAACUUGCGUUCCUCUUUACUCCGCUCUCCCACCUCACGAACAACAGAAAGUUUUCGAUCCUGCUCCACCACCAAAGUUUCCGGGAGGACCAGCUGGAAGGAAAAUCGUGGUUUCGACCAACAUUGCAGAAACAUCCUUGACAAUUGAUGGAAUCGUCUAUGUGAUCGAUCCCGGAUUCAGCAAACAGAAGGUGUACAACCCCAGGAUUCGAGUAGAAUCCUUGCUCGUCACGGCUAUCUCUCAGGCAAGCGCGAACCAGCGAGCAGGUCGUGCAGGACGUACAAGGCCAGGGAAGUGCUUCCGUCUCUACACUCAGAAGGCAUUCCACAAGGAGCUGCAGGAGCAGACUUACCCCGAGAUGCUCCGAUCGAACUUGGGGUCUGUUGUGCUCACCUUGAAGAAGCUGGGGAUCGACGAUCUGGUGCAUUUCGACUUCAUGGAUCCUCCAGCCCCCGAGACUCUGAUGAGAGCGCUCGAGCUCCUCAACUACCUCGGAGCUCUGAAUGACGAUGGUGACCUUACUGAGCUCGGCGCCACAAUGGCUGAGUUUCCUCUGGAUCCUCAGCUGGCGAAGAUGCUUGUGGCAAGCCCUCAGUACAACUGUAGCAAUGAAAUCCUCUCGAUAGCUGCAAUGCUGUCGUCGCCAAACAUUUUCAUGAGGCCAAAGCAAGCGCAGCGAGCGGCAGAUGAAGCGAAGGCUCGCUUCUCGCACGUGGACGGAGAUCAUUUAACCUUGCUGAAUGCGUAUUAUGCCUGGAAGUCGAAUGGAGAAGAUAAGAAAUGGACCUACGACAACUUCUUGAAUUUCCGCUCACUGCAGUCGGGUGACAGCGUUCGUCAGCAGCUGGCACGCUUGAUGGCCAAGUACAACCUACCCUUGACCAGCACUGAGUUCAACAGCAAGGACUACUAUGUCAACAUCCGCAAGAGCCUUGUCUCGGGAUUCUUCAUGCAAGUUGCACACCUAGAUCCAUCCGGCCACUACCAGACGGUCAAAGACAACCAACCUGUCGCGCUCCAUCCCUCUUGCUGUUUGGACCACAAGCCCGAAUGGUGCCUCUACCACGAGUUCACCCUUACCACCAAGCAGUUCAUCCGCACAGUGACAGAGGUCAAGGGCGAGUGGCUGGUUGACAUCGCCCCACAGUACUACGACUUGAGAAACUUCCCUCAGAGUGGAGCGAAGCGAGCACUGGAGAAAAUCGUUGCUCGUCGCAAGGCGAACGCAUAACUCUAGUGGGACUGUGACAGCCGUUGGUUUCCUUGUUGGACUCUUUUCCUGUAAUGAAUGCAAUGAUAUAUCGU